AUGUUAUGGGAGAUUUCUGUUCUGAACAAGAUAUACAAGACAAAUACAUUUUCAAGGUUGAAGUCUAGAGUUCAUAAUGGCAGGAAAAUUUAUGUUAUAUCAAGUAAUAACAAAUUUUCCUCAGUUGUAACAGAAUUGGAAAAGGGUGAUGAGAUCAACUGCCAUAAUGAUGAGGAUCUACUAAGAAAGUACUUUGGAAAAAGCCACAAAAUUGAUCUUUAUGAUAAACCUAGUGAUUACUUAUCAGAUCUGUAUCUUUACGACAGCAUAUUUGAACUAGCCAAAAUGGCUGAUAGUUCUAUUCCAAAUGAAACCGCUAUCUAAUGGAUUAAAAAAUUAUUUUCUGGAUUUAACUCAGAUAUUAAUGAAAGUGAUUCCCUAAAAAACGCUUACGAUUUAAACAGACACCUUGCCCUAAGGUUAGUUAGUCUUAACUUAAUAAAUUAUUUAGACAUAAUUGCUUCGUCUGCUGUCAGAAGAAAUCCAUUUGCAAGGGAGUUAUUAUCAAAGAAUAAUGUUUAAAUGUUGAAUAUUCUAAGAUGGAACAAAUGGAUAGAUGAUAUUACUCAAAUUGAUUUCAACAAAAUUUAAGUUUACCAUUUAAAAAAGGAGGGAAAAAUUUAAGAAGCAAUGACUAAAUUUACCUCUAGCAAGGAUCUUAUAAUGGCAGUAAAAAAGAACUAGUAUGAUAAGGUUAAGUAAAUACUAGAUAAAAAUAAAAAUGCGGUUCAUUCAAGAGAUACUGAUAAAACCAACGAAUCACUAGUCCAUUUGGCAGCAGAAAGGGGUGAUAUAGAAAUGAUAAAACUAUUACAAAGCUAUGGAGCAGAUAUUGAUGGAAUGGAUAAAGAGAGCGCUACUCCAUUGUUUUAUGCUUGCCAGAUGGGCAAAUUAGAUAUUGUAAAAUACCUUGAUUCUCAAGGUGCAAAAAUACAUCAUAAAGAAUUUUAAGAAAGGACCGCAUUGUAUAUAGGAUGUGAUGUUGAUGUUCCAACCAAACUUGGAAGAUCAGCGUUGAGCAAAGCUUGCUGGAAUGGGAGAAUUGAAGUUGUAGAAAAGCUGGUUUCAGCACCAAAUAUCAAUAUAAAUAAGCAAGACUUGUCAGGUCGUACUGCUCUUCAUAAUGCUGUUUGCAUUGCUUGCUCAACAAAUGCUGUUGAUAGUAUAGAUGUUUUAAUGAGUUUCAAAGCUGAUAUUACAAUUUAAAAUUCGAAGGGAAAUUAUCCUAUCCAUAUGUAUCCUGAUUUGAAUGUAAGAAAUUAUUGGGGUUUCUCACCAUUUGAAGCAACGAUUGCCACUGAUAAAUAAAGUGUGAUUUUGUAUUUCAUUUAGAAGGCAAUUAAUGGGGAAAAAGUUCCCAUUGAAUUGGAUAUUAAACAUCAGAUUUUUGAAAAUGAGAGAUGCUUGAGAAUAUUAAUCGACUAUAACAGUUAUAAGACUUUAUCAGUGAUUAUAACUCAAGUUACAUAUUAAGAUGAAUAGAUCUCAAAGAAAUUGAUAGAAUAUUUCCUUAAAGAAGGACUUAUUAGGUCAAUACUCCUAAAUCAUUGGAAAAUUUGGACUGUCAUUUUUGAAUUCUUUGAAGAUGAAAAGGUUCAAAUUCCUUAAUAGCUACUAAAUGAUAUUCUUUUAUGCAGUAUAGCUCAAGAUUUAAAUUUUGAAUUUUUCUUUGACAAAUUCCUAAAGAUCAGAUAAAGAGAGAUGCCAUUAUUUGCAGUUAAGGCCUGCUGUUUCACAAAGAACUCUGAUUUUCUGUUCAAAAUUGUCGAAGCUUACUAGAAUUAUAAUCAAAGCACAAUUCUACAAACUUUGACAGAAGAGCAUUAGAAAAAAUUUGAUAUUGAGGGUCUUUUAAAUCAUGAAUAUAAUGAAGGAAAAAAGAUCUUAAAAAAAUUUAACUAUUAGUAGAUGUUCUAGUCCUUUUCUGGUUAUAACCCACUCCAUUUAGCUAUUUUGAAAAAUAGUUUUGAGUCUGUCCGAUUAAUCAUUGAUGAAACUAAUAUUGAUGUAUGCCAGCUUACUUAAAAUGAUGAGAGCUGUAUAUUACUAGCUUGUAAGAAUGGUGUGAAUAUAGAGAUUUUGGAAAGUCUACUUGUUGGAUUAAGAAGUAUUAAGCCAUUAGAUGAGGUAAAGGAAUUUCUUAACAUAUAAGAUAAGUCAACCCUUAAGGCAUUCGAUUAUUGUAAAAUAAGAAAGAGAACUGAUUUAGCAGUGAUUCUUGGAGAUUUUGUUGAUUCAAGCAAAUCAGUUAUAGAGAUUGGUUAUGAACUAGUUAAUCUUGACUUCAAGGGUUAGGCUAGAAUGCUAUUUGACAAAGAAAUUUAAUCGAUAACAAAUCUAAAUCAUUUGGAAUAAUACUUUCCGCUCUAAGAACCAUUUUUAAAGUCUCAAUUCAAAAUGAAAUUUGAGAAAAGUAUCACAAAAUAAAUAAAGCCUCUUCAUUUUACCCCUUUCACUUGGAUUGAUAGUGAGGAAAUUAUGAUUAAAGCGAUAAGUAGCAUGAAAGAAUAAUUAAGCUAAUGUAAUUUGCUUUCAGUCGAUCUUGAAUAUCAUAAUCUAGCUCGAAGUGAUUUAGAUAUUUUUGUUGUUAACUUGUUUGAUACUGGAAGAGCUUAUCAAAUGAUUUAAAAAAUGCCGGAAAAUGCACCUAAACAUAUGGAUUUAGCUUCUCUUGAAACUCUUUGUGAGAAAUUCCUUGGAAUAUAAAUGGAUAAAUUCUUCUAAAUAUCUGAUUGGAGAAUAAGACCUCUUCCUUAAGGGAUGAUUGACUAUGCAAGAUCAGAUUCUCAUUUCCUGAUACCGUUAUAUGUUAUAUUCCAACAAAUACUAAUAGGCUAAAUUAAUAAUCUUUGGUUGAAGGAUGAAACAUCCCAGGAAGAUUGGGUUAUUCAUCUUAAGAAAUUAAGCACAGACAAAAAGAAUAAGCAUUUCAACGGGUUAGGAAUAUUGGCAAAGAUGACUAAUGAUUUUUCCGUUGAAAAGAUCUUGAAGACAAAUAAUUAGAGAGUGAAGAUUACAAUUAAAAAUUGA